GUAACCCCACAUAAACAACAUGCACGUUUCGUGUCAAAUGAGCGUAGGGCAAAUGGAGAAUUCGGCGUAGCCUACAUUUACAUUUUAUAGCGUUCAUUCUCUAAUAAUACUUGUGUACAGUUGGUGGCAGUAAUACAUCUUGUGACAGUGAGUGACGUUCUUGAGGAGAAAGCCUACAAAAGAAGAAGAAAAUGGAUCCAGGAAGUGCAAGCUAGCUAACAAUCUGUCUUGUGUAAUAGGUCUAGUUUUCAUGUUUCAUUAAGAGAAAUAUGACAUUAUAUUAGGUAGAUUUAUAUUGUAGAGAGAAAUGCCUUUGCUAAUACAAAAUAGAAGAAUCGAACGACCAGGUUCGACAGUCGAUUUGUUCGCCAGAUAUCCCCAUUUGCAGGAAAAUGCCCGAGUAUUUCGGUCCAAGCCGGUUGUAGAUGUCGACCCGAAGUGCCUCCUAUACAUUCAGCAACGAGAGUUUGCAGCCACAACACCAGCGGACAACUCUGUCGCUGUCCUUGGUUCUGAUGAUGCAACCACCUGCCACCUAGUUCUGGUGCGACACACAGGAAGUGGAGCUGCUUGCCUUGCUCACUGUGAUGGCUCCAGCACGUGGAGUGAGGUUCCCCUCAUCGUCAAAGCUGUCACAUCUCUGAGCAAGGACCCUGCCAAGGAGGGCAGGCUGGAGCUCUACCUCGUUGGAGGAUUUGAUGAUGAGUCAAAGACAUCCCACAAACUCAGCCUUAACCUAUUGUCGGCCUUCCAGAGACAGAAAGAGGAUAUUCACCUGGAGACCUGCUGCAUCACAGAGAUGAAUGACGUCUUAGUGGACGGAGCGCACAGACCGGGUGUGCAUGGCAUAGGUAUAAAUAUUAAAACAGGGGAGGUGUUCCCCGCCUCGUUCCCUUACAAAGGACCCGCGGAGGAGCUGCGAUCAGCACGGACAUUCACUGGGGGCCAGAUGGCUGAUAUAUAUGACUCGAACAAAGGAGUUGUGAAGAUAGGCCCAUGUAAGUGGUCCCCGAAUCUGGAUAUUUCCUUCUGGCUGUCGCAAGACGAUGACACCAUCUUAAAGUACCUAUCCACGUCCCCUACGGCUGAGCCACCACACUUUGUCCAGCACAUCAAGUCCACCAUCCAGUUCCUCCUGGAGCACCCCAGUUCAGACGGCGUCUUCCCUGGAGGACAGCCCCAGCACUACCGCAGAACAGAGCAGGGGGACUGGGAGAAUGUUAACCAGACAUAAAGGGCUUGAGACUCUUCUCUAACCCCCUAUUACUUUGACUUUCCCUGGAAUCUGUCCGGAAAUUAAAUCACUCCUUAACUUCUGGAAGACAAGACACUGUGACCCUCCUCUUUACGCCAUUGUGGGCGUCACAUGUUAUUGUUUUUUUGACUUGGUACCAGUACUCCCUGUAUAUAGCCUCUUUAUUUUUAUUUUAUUGUUGCUCUUUUAUUUUUUACUUUUGUUUAUUUAGUAAUUAUUUUUCUUAAAUGCAUUGUUGGUUAAGGCCUUGUAAGUAAGCAUUUUACAGUAAGGUAAAAUUGUAUUCGGCGCAUGUGACAAAUAAAAUGUGAUUUAUCCGUGGUAGCUAUGUACAGUACAGAGCUAUCUGGAUUGAACCCCAGUGCUGUA